UCGGAUUGACAUUCUUGAUCGCUGUGCAGUUUGUAACUAAGAUUCAGAAGUAAACAAAUGCAACGCUUCCAAUCGGACUGCUCAGAGGUUCAAUGCAAGAACACUCUUUGUUGUUUACGCUCGCGCUUUUGUAGCCAAAAGGCGGCUCAGCUUUUCCCCACACCCGACUUUGCUUCGCUGUAUUCUUAGCAGCUCCGCAUUGGCCCAGCAUGCCUGACAUCGCCAAGUCAGACAUCUCUCCCAACCUGGACCGUGACAAGAUGUUCAACGAGCUUUGGUGGUUGAACUAUUGCUUCUGCGAAGGGGUGGGCAUCGGUGCUGUGGGCAAUCCCUUCUUCGGUGGAGAAGCAGUCAACAUUUGCUUGCACUCCAAGUGCGAGAUGACUGACAUCGGCGAUCCGUUUUGCUCCAACAUCCGUGUUUGCCUUUGCCUCACGGAUCAAUGCGCUCUCCCUCCGGCACCCGGCUCCCCGAUCUGCGUGUGCUUCAACAAAAAGCUCGCCGGUGAUGAUGGAUGGAGUGGACAGCAACUCUUCGAUUGGAGCACCAACUUCGGCGACACCUUCUGGCUCUACUACAUCUUCUGCAUGGGUCUGGGCUUCUCGGCACCUCAAGCAAACGGCCGGCCUUUCUUCGCGGUGCAAACCAAGGAGCUUUGCAUCAAGGGCGGCACGAAGUUGGCGAUGCCCAUGGAGGGCGGAAAGCUUUGCUCAGCCGUAAGCACUCGCUUGUGCUUCUGGGAUCAAUGUGCCAUGCCCCCAGCCGAAGGUGCUCCCAUGUUCGUGUGCUUCAACUUAUUGAAUCCCAAGUCGGGUGGAAAGCCGCUGGCGUACGGAUCAUGAAGACUCAGAUGACUGAGUGUGUCGACAUUUUUUUAAAGUGUUCGAGCAGAGCAUCUUCUGCGCGAACCUGCCCAGUCAAGCUACAUGGGCCCUGAAAAUGAGACAAUCUGACUGGUCUGAUCUGCUCGUAUCCUGCCAAAGGAAGGGGUCCAAGCAGUUUCAGAAAGCAUAGACGAAACUCUGAUCCGUUUUGCACUUCGCCUUGCCGACCGAGCACUGUUCUUCCUGCGAAACCAAAA